GCUGAUCUUGUACUGCGUUUUGAUAGCGGAGGGAGUCGUUUUGGUUCUGGGUGCAUGCAAAGUUUACCAGAAGCACCGCGAACGCACCAACGUUAUUACGGACAUCCAAAAUGGCGGAUCCGACAACGUCGCCCGAGGACCACGGCAAGCACUCGGACGUGGCGUUCGGCGAUGGCGUUUUUGACCCUGUUCUCUUUGCCGAUGCGGCCAGGACGGGGAGCCUGGUGUCCAGGGCCAACAGUAUCAGCUCAACAAGUGCCUCCUCAGUACCAAACACAGAUGAUGAGGAUAGCGACUGCAGGCAUGAGACGUUAUACAAGAAUUCCUGCAAAGAUCGGCGGAGGCAAGCACACACGCAGGCCGAGCAGAAGCGGCGCGACGCCAUCAAGAAAGGCUAUGAUGACCUGCAGUCUGUUGUUCCGACUUGCCUGCAGUCUGAAUUUGCUGUGGGAGCUCAGAAGAUCAGCAAGGCCACCAUCCUGCAGAAGACCAUCGAAUACAUCAAAUUUCUUCACAAGGAGAAGAAAAAGCAGGAUGAGGAAGUUUCCCGCCUAAGGAAAGAAGUGACCGCGCUGAAGAUCAUGAAAACGAAUUAUGAGCAGAUUGUGGAGGCGUACCAGAGCCAUCCGCAGCAGGGUGCGAACCAGGUGUCGGACCAGAUCAAGUUCAACAUCUUCCAAAGCAUCAUGGACUCGCUUUUUUACUCCUUCAGCAGCUCCGUGUCCGUCGAUAGCUUCCAGGAACUGUCGGCCACUGUGAUCAACUGGAUCGAGGAGCGCUGCAAGCCACUGAUGCUGAAGGAAUUUGUCGUCGGCGUGCUGCAGCAGAUCAACAGGCAGCUCUACUGACGCGGGCCGUGACGCAACAUGAUUGUGUAUAUAUGUUAGAGGGGGUGGGGGGGGCACACCUGAUGUUUGUCAGAUUUUUGACGAUUUGAGCCAUUUUGACAAUUGCGAUAACGUGUCCUUAGACAAAGCAGUCACGUUUUCAAAAGCUGACAGGGGAUUAUGUGAAAACGGGGGCCUCGGGGAUGUUCCCGAGAUGUUGAAGAGGGUGUGACUUUUCUCGCUCAGGGCUCCCUCUCUGCUCAAAGAGAUUCUUUGCCAGAAGUUGUAGAGAUUUUACUCAAUUGUGCCGAUGUGCCUAAUAUGGCCAGUGAGUGUACAUAAGACAAUGUUAGGUCCAUAUUGAUGGCUUAGCGACAUCAGCACCGAGAGGAGCCGUCUCGGUACAGGACAAUUCAAACAGACUUUUCCAGGGCGUGAGAUUUUCCAUAUUAUGUGAAGUAUCUAACGACAAGCACUACAAUCUCCACUAGCUGCUUCCACACCGCAGUUCCAGUAAAUUUGCACGUCAGAGGCGUGACCGUAAAGGCCGCAUUUAUUUGCCUGUUCCGUUCAGGUGUUGCUCAAAGCAGCAAGAUGUUGAGAGUAUGUCCAGGGCAGCUUCGGCGUGGUGAUGUCAGCACGACAAAAGGGGGCUUGGAUGUACUCUUUUCCAUCUCGCGCCGAUCAGCCCGUUACGCCUCUGAUACUACCUCGCAAGCCGGCUCAUUCCCAGGCCGACUUCAUCCCGCAUCGUUACCUUGCAAACCGGUAACCGAGCCAAGUUAAAAGGGUGUUUGUUGCCAGUGUGUAAGGGGCUCCUGGGCUGUCUUUUGUACAGUAAACUAGGAUGUGAUUUGUAAAUAAAUGGCGGGGAGCUAAUUGUCCCAAUGACAGUUAGUACUUUAAUGCUUUCAUCAGAAGCGACUUGGAAUACUUUUUUUGUUGUUGUUGCUUCGUUUCUAUCUGAAAACGCACAACACCAAGCAGUAACCGAUUGUAUUGACAAACGCUGCAGCCUUCUUUUAUCCAAAGCAUUUGAUCUCGUGGCUCACGAUGUCCCAAAACAAGGACUUCUCAGCUCUCUAUUACUGAACAGUUAAGUGGUGUGGUUGGAUAACUAUAAUAGCACAAGUAGACGUCAUUGUGUACAUGCUUAAAUGUUUUCAACCGAGGGUGUGCCUCAGGGUUCUGUCCUUGGCUUAUUCCUGUUCAUUCUCUUACAAUUCAACUAAAGAUGUAGUUGUUUUCCAGACAUGGCUGUACAACCUCCGCGGUACUUCAGUAUUUUGGUUUAUUGGGUUUCAACUGCCUCUGUGCUUGUUUGAGGCAAACUGCAACAUUGGACCCUUCAUGUUUCUACUGAUGAUCUGCGUUUGAUGUUAGCUUGUGCGUUUAAUGUUUGCUUGGUUUUGAAUGUGCUGCUACUUGGUUAAGGCCAGGAUAAUUCCUUAUCUGACUGUCUUUCCUGGUGAAAUUAAGUGUCUGAAAUAAUGUAGUGAACUGUCUUACAUUUUAUAAAACACUGUCCAGACACAUGGACAAGAUUUCAGCAAAGCAUUUUUUGGCUUGGCUAAAUAGUGCGUGCUGCCAAUUUAUUAAGCUUGUUAUUGAUCUGAACGGGAAACUAAACAGUCACACUCAGCUUUUAAGUACAAGGUGAACAUGUAAAAUGUACAAAAUACAACAUAUAUACAUGAA